AUGGGGAUGUGCCUACCGUGCUUUGGUGGGGCAGUCGACGACGCUGUUGACACUCCAGAUCCAGAGACGAGGAGGCGACAGUUAGCCGAGGCUGCAGAAAAAAGACAAAAAGAGACAGCACACAGGGGUGUUAAAAACCCAGAAGCGGUUGAAAGGAAAAGAAAAAAGCAAGAAGAGAUUGAAAAACAGACGAUGAGUACAUCUGUGUCUAGUGGUGGCGGGUUGAGGUGGCAGGUGGGCUGA